AUGGCAUCCCCAAGCGGCGAUAUGUCACCCGACCAAGAACCUAAGAAAGGCAGAGGAAUCUUUCGUUAUUGGAAACCCACCACGUCAAGCCAGCCACCUCCAGAUGGCGGACUUGUCGCUUGGCUCCAGGUCCUCGGUUCCUUUCUCAUCAACUUCAACAACUUUGGUCUCGCAAACAGCUUUGGCGUAUUCCAGGCAUAUUACGAGACCACUCUUCUUCGACAUCACUCCUCUUCCUCGAUAUUCUGGAUUGGAACACUUCAACUGUCCUUGAUUCUUAUCAUCGGCGUCGUUUCAGGCCCUUUGUUCGAUACAGGAUAUUUCUACCCCAUCUUGAUCGCUUCAUCUCUCAUGCUUGUUUUUGCACUCAUGAUGUUGAGCCUGGCAGCACAAUACUACCAAGUCAUCGUUGCCAUGAUUCCUCUUUACUUCACCUCUCACCGUGGUCUCGCCCUUGGCUGUGCAACUGCCGGUGGAUCUUUCGGUGGUGUCAUCUAUCCCAUUGUUGUUCGUCGCUUGCUCAAUACUGGUGGUUUCGGCUGGGCUUGUCGAACGAUGGGAUUCAUCGCUCUCUUCACCCUGAGCGUCGCAGCCGUUAUCAUCAAACCAAGCGUUCAGACUGUCAAAAUGCCAUCGCGGAAGCUGUUCGAGAGGUCUACCAUCAAGGACAGAGCAUUCGCUGUCUUUGUCUUGGCCUCUUUGUUCAUGUGGCUAGGCUUCCUGGUACCCUACAUCCUUACGCCCACAUUCAGCCUCGUUGGACUCGAUCAUCCCGAACCUGAAGACCUUGCGUAUUAUAUGCUGGCUGUCCCAGAUGCUGCUCAAGCCCUCGGAAGGAUUAUACCAGCAACAAUGGUAGAUCAUAAGCUCCUUUACGCCGAAACUAUUUUGUUGUUCAACUCAGCGGUGGCUGGAACCCUGGCGCUAUGCUGGAUCGUUGUCCACAACCUCGGCGGAUUUGCUGCUUUUCUCGUUCUCUACGGAUUCUUUUCUGGCGCUGUGACUACAUUACCAGUAUUCAUCAUUCCAUAUCUCAGCCUGUCUUUGGCAGUCAUUGGAACUCGCAUGGGAGUCGUGUACGGCGCAGCAGGCUUCGGUGUUCUCAUUGGGACUCUAAUUGCUUUGGUCAUCAAUACUCAUAGCUGUCUCUUUUUAGGUGCGCAGUUGUGGAAUGGGCUCACAAUUCUUUUUGCUUCAUGCCUUUGUGUGUACCCUCUACAUGAAGCAAGAAAGCGGCGACUUGCAAGUGAGGGAAAGGCUGAAAGCAAGGUAGAGGCAAAGUCUGAUGCAAAGUCUGGAGGUCUGAACAAAUAA